AUGGAGAGUCAACCACCGCCUCCAACGCGCCCCUUCGACCCGACACCAAAACCAGGCUUCCCAGUGCUGCCAGCCCAUAUCGGCCGCAGCGCAUACACCAUCGGACGCGAACAAGCCAUGAUCGGAGGCGUUCCUCGAGCUGAGCUCCACGCUUCGAUCAUGCAAGACGCAGACAACUCGAUGUACAGGUACAGGAAGAUGCAGAAGCGCAUUGAAGACGAGCAGAAGAGUCGCGACGACGAUGCAGAUUCGGAAGACGGUCUGGACGACCUCGAAGAGCUGGAGCGCAGAAUUGAGGCUGGAGACGAAGGCGAUGAUCUAGAGGAUAUCGCCGCUUUCGAACGCGCUCCGACGCCACGCAUGGCAUCUCCAAUGGAAGAAGGCAUGGACUCAGCUGCCUCAGGACCGUCUCCACCUCCUCGCAUAGCCCCAGUCUCUCGCUUCCUGCCGAACCUCGACUUCUCAGGCGACGCAUACGACCCUCGAGACUACGACGCGACGCCACAGUCGGAUGAUGGAUCUGAUCGGACCGAGUGGGAUGGAGAGCAGCAAGGUUCGAAAGAUAAGGAGGCAAGCAAGAAGCGCAGCGCUGGAGCUUCAGAUGCAGGACAUGUGCCCAAGCGUAAGAAGAGGGCACCUCGCGGGUACAAGACUUUGAAGUCUGGCGAGGUUGUGCCAUCGACUCGGAAGCGUAAUCGAAAGGUGAAGGGGGAGGAGAAGGUGGUUGAAGAGGAUAGCGUGAUGAAGGAUGCAGAGCAGGUUGAGGAGUAG